AAAAAAAUUUGUCAUGUCACAUCAGAAUUAAAAUAUAUAAAAUCACAAUAUUUUUUACAAUGUAAAGAAAAUUCUGCAGCUGUUAAGAGACAACAACAAAAGAUUCAAAAAUUAAGAAAAGAUAUGCAAAGAAUAAGUAGAGAGUUGUCAGAGAAAGUUGGUUCGGAAGAAGCUACUUGCUAGCCCGUAUAAUAAACCAAACACAGAACAUAUUGUGCUGUGGGACGGAGUACACCGAAAAAGUAGGUCGGGAAUUAAAAACCGAAUUUGAGAAUAGAUUUCAAUUCAACGUGGCAUAUUGUUGGUCUGCAGCAAAGCAGAGUUUAAAUUUUUGCACUUGUUAAGAACAAAAAUUCAAAAAUGUCCACAUACCGGCGAUUAUUGAUAUGCAGCAUUUUUCUGCUGCUAUUGCCCAGUUUUACUUUUGGUCUGCUGGAAGGACUUUAUUGUGGAAAAGAAAACUGUUAUGAUGUGCUCGGAGUUACACGUGAAUCCACAAAAGCUGAAAUUGGCAAAGCAUAUCGCAUUUUGGCUCGUAAAUACCAUCCGGAUAUGCAUCGAGGCGAAGAGGCCAAGGCUGAGGCAGAAGUCAAAUUCAAACUUAUAGCAACAGCGUAUGAGAUCUUAAGGAAUGAUGAAUCUCGUACUGAUUAUGACUACAUGUUGGAUAAUCCCGAUGAGUAUUAUGCACAUUAUUACAGAUACUAUAGACGACGUUUGGCACCUAAAGUGGAUGUACGCAUUGUCAUAGUAGUAACACUUAGUAUAGUGUCGAUAAUACAAUACUACUCUGGUUGGCAGCGUUAUGAUUCUGCCAUUAAAUAUUUUGCUACUGUGCCGAAGUAUCGUAAUAAAGCGCUGGAAAUAGCAAAGGAUGAAAUUAAUCAAAAAAUUAAUAAUCGUAAAGGCAAAAAUCGCUUAUCUAAAGUCGAUCAGAAAGAAGAACUAGAACGUAUUAUACGCAAGGUGAUCGAAGAAAAAAUGGAUGUUAAAGGCGGUUACGCUAAGCCUUCAGUGUGGGAUGUACUUUGGGUGCAAUUGCUUAUAUGCCCUUAUACGAUAGUUUGCUUCUUUAUUUGGCAUGCAAAAUGGUUUUGGAAUUUUACGAUCUUGAAACAUCCUUACGGACGCGAGGAGCAAUUAUAUUUGAUACGCCGAUAUAUGAAGAUGGGUCAACAUCAAUUCAAUGCGCAAGAGGACAGUCAAAUUGAGGAAUAUUUACGUUUGCAGUUGUGGAAAAAGGAUAAUUUCGAAAAAUGGAAGUUAGAGCAGGAGGAAGAAAUGAAAAAGAAACUAGCUGAGAACCCAAGAUACAAAUCGUAUAGGCGGUAUAUGAAAAAUCACGGACCCGGGCGCAUUACCUUCGAAGAUUAAAAUUUAGUAAAUAAUAUAUAUUAUAAAUUUUUGAAAUUAAACGUGAAUUUAAAAAAGUUUUUAAGUUGAAUUUAGACUAUGAAAAUCGUAUUUUUAAAAUAUGUUCGUGAAUAUGCGUGGUAAACUAAUAUAUAAAUAUAUUUAUAUACAUAAAAUGUUCAACAAUUUUGUACUGAUCAAGUUUUAUUGAUUUGCUAUAAAUCGUAAUAAU